AUGGAUGGUGGCCCAAACACUAUGCAGGUCAAUCAGCCAGAGCUCAAGGAACACCUGGCAACCUCUGAGGGAAACCAAGGGUUCCAUGGAACCCUGGUUGAGAAAUGCUGCCCUAAGGUGGAUGAGUUGGCAACCCUACCUGGUACAGUAACAAGGAAUGCCAGAGCACAGAGUGGCAUGAUAAGACUUCUGCUGGAGAAUACUGACGUGCGUCACGAUACGCAGGUGCAGCUGGCUGGUGACACGCUAGCAAAAGAGCAGGAACUGAUGUCAGGCAAAGCUACAACUGGAUCAAGUGCAGGAAGAAAAGCCAAGGCAAGGUCAGACAGUCCAGGAAUACCCAUGAUUCUCUACGCCUGCCUUGUGAGGCUACAAGAUGGCCUCCCUCUCUCUGCCUCCACCGAUUUCCACCCGAACAUGCAGAUUCUGGAGUGCAAGAGAUGGGUAAAGAGACUUUCCGUCACCCUGUCCCAGCGCCCACCCAGAGGCACCGCCAACGUCUGCAACUUUCAUAUACAUUUUCUCUCAUCAGGUGACAUCUCCUCCGUGGUGGUUUGCUCCAGUACUUACCCCUCCGCCGCGGCAUUCAGCUUCCUGGAAGAACUGGCCUGGGAGUUCUCCGCCUCUUACAACAGCACAGCCAUCACCCUGGCCUCCAGGCCCUACGCAUUCCUGGAGUUUGACGGCGUUAUACAACGGGUGAAGCACAAUUAUAACUCUGCCGGGAGCAGCUCCCUCCCAGUCCGCCCGGAUCCCAGCCCCCCACCUGUCUAUUUAAAGUUAGAAGAUAUAGGGGAGGUCAACGGCUUCGCCAACGGGCACGUAACGGCACACGAGCACGCAGGCCUGAAUUGCCGAAUGUCCCCGGUGAGCCCUCUGGGGAUCCUGUCGGUGAUGUUGAGCAUCAUGUGCGCCGCGCUAAGUCUGAUCCGAGGAGUUCACCUGGCUGAGCGUUCCUUCCAGGAGGGAUAUGAAAAUACGGGAAGAGUUGUGGCUUUUCUGACGGCCUUCUCUGCAAGCCUAUCGCAGUGUUACUUGUAUCUCUUCUACUCUCCGGCACGGACAGGGAAAGCCUUGGGACUUGUUUUGGUAAUCUGCCUGUGUAACGUAUAUUUAUAUGGACUGCGCAACGUCUGGCAAAUUCUCUUCCACGCUUUAGUGGCGUUCCUUUUGGCACAGCAAAUUGUUCAGCGGAAACCUCUGGACAGGCACAGCGAGGGCGGAGUUUAAGAGGAACCAUCGAUGUACAGAUUUUCAUUUUUAUACAUAAGUAAGAAUACAAGAGAAAAAGAAAACCUUCCUGUGGAUUGAUGUAACAAUAAACAGACUCAUUG